GCGGCAGCUACAGCAUUCCUCGGCUGAGUCUGCGCGCGGGUCAGCGGGGCGGAGUGCACGCUGCUUGGCGCCGGAGGCUGAUCCCGCCGCCUGCCCCGGGGAGCAGUGAUGUUGGGCAACUCUGCACCAGGGCCUGCGGCCCACGAGGCGGGCUCGGCGCUGCUAACACUACAGCAGACGGCCCUCCGAGAGGACCAGGAGAACAUCGACCCCGAGAAAGCGGAGCCCGCCCAGCAGCCCCGGACUCGAGCCGGGCUGGCGGUACUCAAGGCGGGGAACCCACGGGGUCCAGCGCCGCAGCAGAGACCCAAGACGCGACGGGUUGCACCUCUUAAGGAUAUUCCUGUAAAUGAUGAGCGUGUCACUGUUGCUCCAUGGAAGGCAAACAGUAAACAGCCUGCAUUCACCAUUCAUGUGGAUGAAGAAGAAGAAAAGACUCAGAAGAGACCAGCUGAAUCUAAAAAAUCGGCGUGUGAAGAUGCCCUGGCUUUUAACUCAGCUGUUACUUUACCUGGAACAAGAAAACCGCUGGGGUCUCUCGAUUAUCCGAUGGAUGGUAGUUUCGAGUCACCACAUACUAUGGACAUAUCAGUUGUAUUAGAAGAUGAAAAACCAGUGAAUGUUAACGAAGUACCAGACUAUCAUGAAGACAUUCACACAUACCUUAGGGAGAUGGAGGUUAAAUGUAAGCCUAAAGUGGGUUAUAUGAAGAAACAACCAGACAUCACUAACAGUAUGAGGGCUAUCCUUGUGGACUGGUUAGUUGAAGUAGGAGAAGAAUAUAAACUACAGAAUGAGACCCUGUAUUUGGCUGUGAACUACAUUGAUAGGUUCCUUUCAUCGAUGUCCGUAUUGAGAGGAAAACUUCAGCUUGUGGGCACUGCUGCUAUGCUCCUAGCCUCAAAGUUUGAAGAAAUAUAUCCUCCAGAAGUAGCAGAAUUUGUAUACAUUACAGAUGACACCUAUACCAAGAAACAAGUUCUGAGAAUGGAGCAUCUCGUUCUGAAAGUCCUUGCUUUUGACUUAGCAGCACCAACAGUAAAUCAGUUUCUUACCCAAUACUUUCUGCAUCAGCAGCCUGCAAACUGCAAAGUUGAAAGUUUAGCGAUGUUUUUGGGAGAGUUAAGUUUGAUAGAUGCCGACCCAUACCUAAAGUAUUUGCCAUCAAUUAUUGCUGGAGCAGCCUUUCAUAUAGCACUCUACACAGUCACAGGACAAAGCUGGCCUGAGUCAUUAGUACGAAAGACUGGAUAUACCCUGGAAAGUCUUAAGCCUUGUCUCAUGGACCUUCACCAGACCUACCUCAGAGCACCACAGCAUGCACAACAGUCAAUAAGAGAAAAGUACAAAAAUUCAAAGUAUCAUGGUGUUUCUCUCCUCAACCCACCAGAGACACUAAAUGUGUAAAAGUGAAGAGACUACCUUUGUUUUCUAAGAUGUAAAUCAAAGUAUAUGGUGUACAGUUUUUAUCUUCGGUUUUAAUUUUGCAAUCAUUUCUGAAUACAGAAGCUGUGGUCAAUUACAAA